GGAAAAACGCGAAAUUUCAAAAUUCCACCAGCAGCCGCGAAUUUCGGCAAAUAAUCCCGUCCAAAGUGAACGGUUCGACGUCGUGACCACUUCACCCGCUAGCCGACGCGGGCAGUUUCGUGAAAACGGUGAAAUUCGGUGAAAAACGGCGUCGUUUGAGGGUGGGAAAUCGUUUGGAAAUUUUGUUCUCUCGGUGACUUCAAUUCGAGCGCAGAAAAGAAGUCCAGCAUCCAAGUUGGCUUUCUUAUUUGAGAUUGCUUGUGAGUGUGUGUUCGUGCGUGGUUUGUGUUUUGGGUUAGCUUGUUUGUGGUUGUUGUUCCAAUAAGAUUUGAAGACAAGAGUGUUAGGAAAAAAAACAACAUUCGAAAUUGUGCUAGGGGAAAAACGGUGAAAUUUGUGCAACAAGGUUUUUGGGAUUUUGAGAAGAAAUUCUUGGAAGAUUUGCGAUUUUAAGUUGAGAAACAGUUUUAAAGUGUUUAAAACGUGGAAAUUUAAAUGGUUAAGCCACAGACUUAAUGACAGCUUUCUAGUUUGCGCUUGUGUGAGUGGUAAAUAAGCGAAAGGAAUGCAGACUUGAACGGUUCAAGACAACACCGAGGAACCAGGGAGUUGAGGAAGGGGGCAUCGCGAAAUAGCUCUCUCGAACCGUGGUGAAAUGGUUACGAAUUUCCACUAAUUUCGGUCAAUUUCUGGUGAAAAUGCACGGCCAUCGGCGGCGCAAGAAGCGGCCCAACUAUGGCCUGCGGACGGUCGAGGUGAACCGGGGUCUGCACGGGUUUGGGUUUACAAUAAGUGGUCAGCAGCCGUGCAUACUGUCGUGCAUUGUGGGCAAUAGUCCGGCGGAUUUGGCUGGGUUGAGGGCGGGGGAUUUUUUGAUUUCGGUCAACGGGUUGAACGUGUCCAAGUUGCCGCACGAGGCGGUCGUGCAGUUGAUUGGGAACACGUACGGGGCGAUCAAGAUGGCCAUCGCGGAGAAUUACUACUCGGACAGUUCGGACGAGGACGUGCUGUUCCAGGGAAGUCAGCAGCACCAGCAUCGGGUGCGGCCAAAGUACUUGAACCACAAGACCAAGUUCCACCAGAGGAUGACGACGGCGAAGCAGCACACGAGCAUGAACGGGCCGGCGGAUUUGGUGGGGACCUGCGAGGCGGCCACGGCCAUCGUGGUCAACGACUCUCCGACGGCGUACAACGUGAUUCACAGUCCGAACGCCAGCAAUAGCUGCGACAUUUCGAACGUUAGCGCCAUGGUACGGUCGGUCCAUCUGGAGGACGAGGAGGCUGGACCUUCGCAGCAGCCGCAACCGGAUCGAGAGAUUGCACUGGAGUACAAGGCCAUCGUCGGUUAUCUGGGCACGAUCGAAAUGCCCAAACAGAUCGCGACCAGCUCGAAGCUGCAAACGGUGCGGAGUUGCAUUCGCAAGAUGCGCCAAGAAAAGCGCAACCCCACGACGGUCUUGAUGACCAUUCUACCGUCCUGUUUGAACCUCAUCAACACGAGCAACGCCGUCAUCGCCAAGUACUCCUCCGUCCGGCUUAACUACGUCAGCAGCAGCAGCGAGAGCGACAAUCGCUACUUUGGCCUCGUCACGUCCGCGAUCUACGCCGACGGCCUCAUGUGCGAAAACUCCGACAUCCUGAACCAACGCAAGGACGUCGUCAUCUCCAACAGCUGCCACGUGUUCGUGAUCGACUCGCGAACCGUCGACCACGCGGCGCACCUCGAAAAGGCCGACCUCUUCCAGAUCCUCUGCACCAAGGACCCCAUCACGAACCUCUGUCUGGAGUUCCCCAGCAACUCAGAGUACGUGGUCAACCUGAUCCGCAGCAUGUACAACCUGAAGGCACCCCCACUCAAACCAGCCGAUUGCUCCUACGGCAAACCUCCAGUCGCGCGCAGUCUCAACCUGGACCGGCGUCCAAACCCUCGCGAAGACCCGCACGACCUGCUCGCCUCCAACUCGCCCCAGCCGAGCAACCACAGCGAAAUCACCACCACCUCUAGCAACUCCGACUCCGGCAUCGGCUUCCACAACGACUGCCGCAACAUCUCCGACCGCAUCCUCGUCGUGGACUUCCCCGGCAUCGCCGCCAACCACCAAAUCAACAACGUCCGCGCCCAUUUCCGCAAGUCCGUCCCCUUCGGCCGCCCCGUCGGCAUCAUCAACGAACUCCCCCAACCCCUGGACCCCAUCCGCAACAUCCGCUCCACAACCUCCACCGCAGCCGCCCCCCAAAUCUUCCACGGCAAGUCCAAAUCCGCCGACUACAGCUACCCAUCCACGUCCGGCCUCGACCGCCUCACCGUACGAGCCCGCCCCGACCCAAAAUCCUUCCCCCCCGACCGCUCCCCCAGCAAGGACAACGCCCUCAACCACGAAGCCCUCUUCCCCCAACAAACCGUCGACGACCUGGGCAACGUCGUCCAGGAGCGCCCCAUCGACAUCCCGCCCCAACUCGCCGACGAGGUCACCUUCCUCGACCUCCAACGCUACAACGCGGACAACGUCAAAAACUCGCUGCUGGCGCGCUCCUGCGACGACAUGAUCAUGACGCUGGAAAAGGAGCAGCCACCGAAGGCGGACGACGCCACCGAUCACAUCUUCCUGCAGCCCGCGAAGCCGCUCAAACGCUCCAAAAAAGCCUGCUCGCAUCGACCCAAACCGGCCGCCGCCGACGACGGUUCCAACAAACUGCUCUCGUACAAGCUUAGUCCGAAGGUGUUUGGCCUGGCGCGGCCACUUUCCGCGAGCUUCGAGAACAUUUCGCACGCCGCGGACGAGCUUUGUGGGGAAAAGGCGCGAAAAGUGGAAUCGGCGGAAGUUCAGCAGGAGCAGCAGCGGAGUAGGGCGGGAAGGUCCGCGAAGAGGCUAAGUGGUGGGUUUUCUGCGAUUUGGGGUAGUUUGCAGGAACUUAGAAGUGGUGGCGGUGCCAAACAGGGUGAGGGGAAGGAACUCGCGAUGGAGCAGAGUGUAGUGAUGAAGAAGCAGCAGCAGCAGCUGGAGAGGAGGCCGGUUCUGCCGGGAGCGUACAGUGAGCCGGAUCUGCGGUGUGAUGAGAACAAACAAAUCAACCCCAAUGCGUCUCCCUUCCGACGGUGGGGCCAGUCAUCGCUGCGGUCCCGUUCCGGCGAGCAGCGCACCCCUUCGUCCGCCCAUCGGCGCCCCUCGUCGCUGGCCGCGUCCGAAAGCGACGUCUACACCAAGUCCAUCGACGACGACUACAGCUCGACCAAGAGCGGCUACAAUCCGUACGCGGACGUUGCUGGGACGGCGGCCGUCGAGUCUGCACAGACUCAGGCGGCGGUUAGCAGCGGUCCGGCGGGGGUCGCUUCCUGGGGCACUUCGUUCGAGAAGCUACUGGAGGAUCCUGCAGGGCUGCACACGUUUUCGGAGUUUUUGAAGAAGGAGUUCUCCGCCGAGAACAUUUACUUUUGGACGGCCUGCGAGCGCUACCGGCAGCUGGUGGACCGCGAGGACCGUGCCAAGGAGGCGCAGGCCAUCUUUGCCAAGCACCUGGAGUCGGGCUGCAGCGAGCCCGUCAACGUGGACUCGAUCGCGCGGAACAUUGCCCAGGAGAAUCUGCCCCAGGCGGAGCAAACGCUUUUUGGGGCGGCUUCGAAGCAGAUUUUUAACCUGAUGAAGUUCGACAGCUACCAGCGGUUCAUCAAGUCGGACAUGUACCGGGCGUGCCAGGAGGCGGAAGCGAAGGGACAUCCGCUGCCGUACCCGGGCGAUCUGCUGGAUCCGCUGCUGAGGACGAGCUUUGCCGUGCAGGCGGCGGCCACCAAGUUGAAGAAGUCGCUGAGCAACGCCGAAGAUCGGCGGCGCAAGUCGCUGCUGCCGUGGCACCGGAAGACGCGCUGCAAGUCCAAGGAUCGGGGUGAUGCAGAGUUAAAGAAGGAGGGGGGUGGAGGGAAGUCGACGCUGUCGACGGGAGGGAGUGGGGGAGGAGGUGGGAAUGGCACGGGUGGGAGUAGCAACACGCUGAAGGUGCUCUCGACCAACUCGACCAGUGAUAUUCAUAGCUCUAGAAGUUCCUUAGCAAGUUUCGACGCCGCCAUCGGCAAGUCGUAUGACCAGGAGGACCAAACUCGGAACACGCUGUGCCGCGUGAUCCUGUCGAACGGCGCAACGACGGUGGUCCAGACGCGAUCGAACGAAACGAUCAAGGAGCUGGUCGAGCGACUGCUCGAGAAACGUGGCAUCGUGUACACCGCGUACGAGGCGUUCCUGGCGGGAAAUCACAAACCGCUCGACCUGGACGGGCCUUCGUCUAGUCUGGCCGGCAGGGAGGUGAACAUCGAUCAGCGGGUCGUGUUCAAGCUGAGCUUGCCCAACAGGAAGAUGAUUUCGGUCAAGAGUAAGGCAACGAAGCCGCUGGGGGACGUGUUGAGGCCGAUCUUGCUCAAGUACAACUACGAGCUGGACCAGAUGAACGUGUACUCGAAGGAGGCUUACCUGGACAUGACCUACCCGGUGACGAGCGUUGACGGGUUGUGGCUGCAGGUCAGGAAUGGAAACGAGAAUGACUUUCAUCAGGACUUGACCAGGACGAUCGCUUCGCGGUCGGAACGGGCGUACGCGAACCAGGUGCCGCCCCUUCCGAUCAUCGCUACCUCGCAGCACGCGCAGAUCAUCAACCACUUUCAGCAGCAGCUGCAGCACUCGCAACACAACGGGUUUCUGAACAACAACAACAACGUGACAAAAAAGUCCCAACUUGCGUACGGCGGCCAGUCCCACCACAACCUGAAGGGCAAGGACGAGCAACCGGCGGACGCAGCAGCGGCGGGUGGCAAGCAAGAGCUGAACAUGCUGGAUGAGAUCACCAACAAGGUGUUCAACGAGCUGAUGAAUGGCAAGAUCGCCAACGGUCCCAAAAUCCCGGCCGAGGAUUGCACCUCGGACAGCUCGUCGACGCGCAGGGGGGAUCGCUUCCGGCGGCGGGGAUCGAACGCCCCGUCGGAGAGUGGCCGCGGUGCCAAGAGCAAAAAGUGCUCGACGGCGGGCUCAGAGGACGGCGGUGAGAGCGUGGGAAAUGCGGUCACCGGCGUCAAGAAGCCCAUCAUUGCCAAGCUGAAGGCCGGCGUGAAGCUGCAGAUUCCGACGCGGUCGCAGAAUGACGAACUCCUAGAAGGCCUAAAGCGCGCCCAGCGCUCCCGCCUCGAAGACCAGCGCGGCACCGAGAUCAACUUCGAGCUGCCCGACUUUCUGAAAGACAAGGAAAACUUCACCAGCACGACGACCACAACCGCAGGUUCGAGUUCCGCGGCCACCGCGAUGGCCGCCCCCUCGUCCAAGUUCACCCGCAAGUUCGCCAAGCGGCCCGAGUCGGCCGAGUUCCCGCUGGGGGCCAGCACCAACGGUGGUUCGCUGCAGCAAAUCCACAAACCCCAACCGGCGCCCAGGUUGUCGAUUUCACGGGGAGGAGCUGCAACGGGUGCGACCGCGGGGGGGAACCCUUCGUCACCCCCGGUGCAGUCCGCGUCAAGCGAGAGCAACCUGAACAACCUGUCGCUGCGCUGUAACGCGUCCCCGCUAACGCUGGACGACAACGGGAACGGGUCCCAGUCGGAGAAUAGCUACGCAGAAGCCACCAUGAUCUUUACGCACGCUUCCGCCAACCCGCACCACUCCCCCGGCUCUUCCCCACCGUCAUCCCACCGCUACCAUCAUCUGGACGGAUCGUCGGCGGCGGUAGACCAUCACCACUACGAAGCCAUCGACGGCAGCUCGGCGGCAGACCUGGUGGACGGCGGUGUCAUCUAUCACCCUCCGUACCAUCGGCAUCCCCACCAGCACCACAACCACAAUCAGCAGCAGCAGCACCGCCUAUCGGCGAGCACCAGCAGUGGCAGCAGCACCGGAAGCAGCUCGAGUUCGUCCGGCAGCACCAGUAGCAGCAGCAGCGACGCCGACAACCAAAAGGGGCCGCCACCGUUGCCGCCCAAGCCGAAGAUCCUGCCGAUCAAGCCAUCCAACUGGGGCCACUCGAGCGGCAUGAGUGCCAGCAUGUGCAAUCUCCCGACAGCGGCCAGCGGCGGUGGCGGAAGCAGCAGUAGUCAAAACGGUGUUUGUGGUAGCAACAACAACAAUAGUGUUAGUAGCAACAUUUCCGGCAAGGAGAAACGCCUUUCCGGGGCGGAUCAGAAGCAGGUUCAACAGACGAGGAGUGUAUAUUUGGAUCACGCGAGCAGUAGUUUUGUGUAGUGAAGGAUGAUGAGAGAUAGGACAAUUGCAUGAGCAGUAGAUUAAGAGGCAGAUUUUACAGAUUUUUUAUUCGCAUGAAACGCUUUUGAAGCGAGUCUUUCCUUGCAUUAUUGUGUGUACGUAAGCUUUCCUUUCAGUUUUUUCCCUGCUUUUAUUUAUUUCCUUCUGUCGAAAUAUAAUGUAUUAUUUUCAGAAUUUUAGUGUAUUUCACAUGGAUGUGUAAAAAGAAAAGAUGAUAUAUAUUUGCAAUAUAGACUUUUAUUGAUAUUCAAAAA